ACAGCAGUGACGACACACAAGGUUCCGGGGACUGAGCGAGUUUCAGACUUUCAGGAUUUCGGCUGGCCACAGGUCCCGGGCAGGCGUCAGGACAGAGCCUGAUCCAGGCUUCGGCCGCCUGUGGCAGCUCUCGAUCAGCUCUCGGAGUCGGAGAGGCGGCUAAGGAAAGGUGCCACAGCAGAGACGCGCAGGAGAGGCCCUGGAACCUUUUCAAAGAAGAAUGGAAGAAACCAUGAAGCUUGCUACAAUGGAAGACACAGUGGAGUACCGCCUGUUCCUGAUACCAGAUGAAUCAAGGGACUCAGAUAAACACAAAGAGGUUCUUCAGAAGUAUAUUGAGAGAAUAAUGACCCAGUUUGCACCUAUGCUGGUCCCCUACAUCUGGCAGAAUCAGCCUUUCAAUCUCAAAUAUAAACCUGGGAAAGGAAGUGUUCCUGCUCAUAUGUUUGGCGUGACAAAGUUUGGGGAUAAUAUUGAGGAUGAAUGGUUUAUUGUUUAUGUAAUAAAGCAGAUCACAAAGGAAUUUCCAGAGUUAGUAGCAAGGAUUGAAGACAAUGAUGGUGAAUUCUUGUUAAUAGAAGCUGCUGACUUUCUCCCUAAAUGGUUGGAUCCUGAUAAUAGCACCAAUAGGGUAUUUUUCCACCAUGGGGAAUUGUGUAUUAUUCCUGCACCAAGAACACUUGGAGCAGAAUCUUGGUUACCCACCACACCCCCAACAAUUCCACAAGCAUUGAAUAUAAUCGCAGCACAUCCAGAAAAAAUACUUGCUUCAGAAUCUAUACGAGCUGCUGUGAGUAGGCGCAUCAGAGGGUACCCAGAAAAAAUUCAGGUCUCCCUUCAUCGAGCACACUGCUUCCUUCCAGCUGGCAUUGUGGCAGUGCUAAAGCAGCGCCCCAGAUUGGUGUCUGCAGCAGUCCAGGCAUUUUACCUACGAGACCCUAUUGACCUGCGAGCCUGUCGUGUUUUCAAGACAUUCUUGCCUGAAACACGAAUAAUGACAUCGGUCACAUUCACUAAAUGUCUAUAUGCACAGUUGGUGCAACAAAGGUUUGUGCCGGACCGGCGGAGUGGAUACAGGCUGCCCCCUCCAUCUGAUCCCCAGUACCGAGCCCAUGAAUUGGGCAUGAAAUUGGCUCAUGGAUUUGAGAUCUUAUGCUCCAAAUGUAGCCCACAUUUUUCUGAUUGCAAGAAAUCUCUUGUGACUGCCUCACCGCUCUGGGCCAGUUUCCUUGCAAGUCUGAAAAAGAAUGAUUACUUUAAGGGACUGAUAGAAGGUUCUGCUCAGUACCGGGAAAGGCUAGAAAUGGCAGAGAAUUACUUCCAGCUCUCAGUAAACCGGCCAGAAAGUUCUCUUGCUAUGAGCCCUGGUGAAGAAAUCUUAACCUUAUUACAGACAAUACCAUUUGAUAUAGAAGACCUUAAGAAAGAAGAAGCUAAUCUUCCUCCAGAGGAUGAUGACCAGUGGUUACAUCUCUCACCAGAUCAGCUGGACCAGCUGCUGCAGGAAGCUGCUGGCAAAAAAGAAUCAGAGUCUAUUUCCAAGGAGGAGAAGGAGCAGAACUAUGAUUUAACUCAAGUCUCAGAGAGCAUGAAAGCUUUCAUAUCCAAAGUCUCAACCCACAAGGGAGCAGAGCUGCCUCAAGAACCUUCUGAAGCUCCAAUCACUUUUGAUGCAGAUUAUUUUCUUAAUUAUUUUGAUAAGAUUUUAGGGCCAAGGCCUCAUGAGUCAGAUUCUGAUGAUCUGGAUGACGAAGAAUUUGAAUGUUUAGAUAGUGAUGAUGACUUUGAAACACACGAACCUGGUGAAGAGGCUUCUCUGAAAGGAACUCUUGAUAAUCUCAAGUCAUAUAUGGCCCAGAUGGACCAGGAACUAGCACACACCUGCAUCGGCAAAAGUUUCACCACUAGGAAGCAAGUGGAACCUGUAUCCCAGACUACUGACAACAAUUCAGAUGAGGAAGAUUCUGAUACAGGAGAAUCUGUUAUGGCACCAGUAGAUGUAGACCUGAACCUGGUUUCAAAUAUAUUGGAAUCCUAUAGCUCCCAAGCUGGCCUGGCAGGACCCGCUUCCAAUCUUUUACAAAGCAUGGGAGUGCAGCUGCCUGACAGCAUCGAUCACAGACCAACAAGUAAGCCAACGAAAAAUUAACCAGCACAUUUAGCUUCUCUUUUCUCUUUUUAAAUAAAUAUUGAAUAUGAUUCUGUUCA